CUUUCAAUCAUUCAUUGCAUUCGUUGCGAAAGUAAUCGACAGUUCAGUGAGUAAAUCUCCCUAUCAAACAUGGUUUCCAACAAGACUGUUUUCAUUGGUGUUUGUGUGGUGGUGAUCCUUGCCGUCGUCAGCAACGCUCCCGUUGAAGCUAGCCCCCAAAUUGAACUUAUGGGUGGAUAUGACAUUAUUGGCAUCUGCAUAACCAACUGUGCCCAGUGUAAGAAAAUGUACGGUGCGUUCUUCGAAGGUCAUCUUUGUGCUGAAGCAUGCGUGCAGUUUAAGGGCAAAACCAUUCCGGAUUGCGAGGACUUGAGCUCGAUAGCUCCGUUCUUGAACAAAAUGAACUAAUUCGGGAUUGAUGUCGUGCAAAAGCUUAAGACGAAAAGCCAUGUUUAGCCAUAAAAAUGGAAGUAACACAGGCAUAGGAUAAACAAACGUGAAGAAACUAUAGUGAGCAGUGCCUGUUGGACGACGGAAGAAAAUGAUAACCAAAUAAACGAACCCAUUGACAAA